GAUAACACCUACAAAACUCAUUAUCCCCUAAUUCAGACUGGAUGUACAGAGCUCAGUAGGAUCUGAAGGUGCAUGAGGGGUGAGUCUGAGUAAUACCAAAAGUUCUCCUCAUUCAGUUGAGCGCUCGUUUUGUAGACUAUUUUCGUGAAUCGAAUCGGCACACCUCCUCAGGGCAACCUCUCUGCGCUGUGAGAGAGUAGAAGACAAGGCUGCUCUUGGCAAGCGUUUAUUGGACGAUGCUCGGCUUCACAAACGUGCCAUAUGUUGAUUAUGGGUAUCGCCCACAUACUAACUGCGUAAGUGACGACAAUUAGUCGGCCGGGGCUGAAAUUGUGCCAAAACAUGAAAAGCUGGUGGAGACAGAACUGUGAUAGCAUAGACUCCCUCAAAAAUGUCUGUGAUAGCACAGACUCUCUCAAUUGUGGAAAUCGCCUUCCCAAUGAAGCCAUAGAAAUCAAUGGGAUAGGUGCUCUAAUGGCAAGAAGCGGGGGCGUCUUAUGCCCGCAGCCACCCCCAGUACUACACCCCAACGCUCACAUGGCAUGUCCAUGUGCUUCACCGAAGACAUGCCUUGGGAUGAGACGUGACGGGUGACUGCAAGGACCGAUGGAUAAUGAAGGAAGACGAGACGGUCUCGAGGAUUGUGACCAAGUGGCGUGCUGUUAUAACACACUACGAUGCAGAGCUUAAGGAAACUCUCAGAACAUUCCGUCCACAAUGUCCAGUUCGAAGCUAAAUCAUGGUCCGAAUGUCACACCUUUCUACAUGAGUGAAAAUAUAC